CGCUUUCCACGGCUCCUCUGCAACGCCCCACGGUGCCUCGCUCCAUUUUGCCGCCACCACCGUGUAAGCAAAUUAAAGCGAAAUAGUGCGAUUACCUGUUUGGGACAUGCGACGCAGAGAUUUGGUUAUAAGAAGGGGUCCCCGGAUUGCCCUCCUCGGCAAGUGAAGCUGAAAUCCCAAUCACAUUCUUCAGUUCUCACUGUCGCAGUCUGUUCUGCUUUUCUUCCCAAUGAGCGUCAAGUCACGAAACCGGGAGUCGUCGUCUCCCACAGAGAGAGCGCCGCUUCUCUCUCGAGAAACCCCCGUUGUCAACGCUACCGAUGGCUCAUCCGAUGAGAUUGAAUUUGGCGGCUCCUUUGGCGCCCUUGGCCUCAUGAUUGGCUUCCCCCUUAUCAUGUGGUACAUGUGGAUUGGCGCUACCUACUACGGCGGCAAGCUGCCAUUACCCGCUGACGGCCAAAGCUGGGGAGAGUUUGGCCAGCAUCUGUGCCAGCUCGUCUACGAGGGCGCAUACCCGACCACCCGAGCCUGGGCCAUGUACUGGAUCUUCUUUGUUGUCGAGGCCGUCAUGUACUGCUACAUGCCAGGCGUGUCGAGCUUCGGUAGCCCGCUGAUUCACGAGGGCGGCAAGAGACUUCCAUACUACUGCUCGGCGUACUCGAGCUUUUACACCACGCUUGUUGUUGCUGGCGUGCUUCACGGGACCGGCAUCUUCCCUCUGUACACCAUCAUCGACGAAUUCGGCUCCAUCAUGACGGUUGCCAUCUUGAGCGGUUUCCUCAACAGUUUCAUCGUCUACUUCCAGGCCAUUAUCCGCGGCCGAACCCACCGUAUGACAGGCUACCCAAUCUACGAUUUCUUCAUGGGCGCCGAGCUCAACCCCCGUAUUGGCAUCCUGGACUUCAAGAUGUUUUACGAGGUUCGCAUCCCGUGGUUCAUCUUGUUCCUGACGACGCUGUCGGUUGCUGCUCGCCAGUAUGAGCGUUACGGCUAUGUCUCUGCUGAGGUGCUGUUCCUGUGCCUUGCUCACUACCUGUAUGCCAACGCAUGCGCCAAGGGAGAGCAGUUGAUUAUCACAUCCUGGGACAUGUACUACGAAAAGCUCGGCUUUAUGCUUACCUUUUGGAACUUGGCUGGUGUUCCCUUCACCUACUGCCACUGCGCUCUGUACUUUGCCAACCACGAACCGUCCGAGUACUUCUGGAGCCCCUACUUUGUUGCCUUUCUCACUGUCGUCUACCUCUUCAUGUACUGGAUGUGGGACACUGCCAACGGCCAGAAGAACAGCUUCCGUCAGAUGGAGCGCAACCAGCUAAUUGUCCGCAACACGUUCCCCCAGUUGCCCUGGGGCGUCAUUGAGAACCCCAAGACUAUCGAGACGGAUGCAGGCGACCGUAUCAUGGUGGAUGGCUGGUUUGCCAUUAUCCGCAAGCCCAACUAUGUGCCCGACAUGUUCUUUUCGUUCUCGUGGGGUCUUAUUACCGGCUUCUCCAGCCCGUUCCCUUGGUUCUACUCUGUUUUCUUCAUGAUUAUGAUUGCCCACCGUACGCAGCGCGACAUUGACCGCUGCCGCAGAAAGUACGGCGAGGCCUGGAAGCAGUAUGAGGCGGCCGUCCCGUACCUGUUUAUCCCAUAUGUAUUCUAAACAGUCAGCGAAAAAGCGUGUCCACUAUCUAUCUAGCAUCAAGGGGAUUUGUUCAACUAAAAGUAUAUUAAUUCUAAUCAUACAAAUACUUUUUAUUAUUUGAAAAUAAGAAUGGCGCAACUAGGGACUGCCAUGUUUGCAUCCUCACUCUCUUUCCACUCUUGCCAUGCGUCAAUCAUUUCCUGGAUCUCGACCUCUGUGGCAAGGCCGUGUUCUAGCAUACCUUUACCCCAGCUUCCGGCUUUUAGUCUAUCCGAAAAAGUGGCACCUGGCACCAUAUUAGUUACUGGUGGAGAUGAGAAUGACUGCCUGCUUACUGAUUAUUUCUCGUUCUUCGGGCGAGCUGUAGCACCAGGUAUGCCAGCUAGCUUGGAUCUGGUCUCGCUUGACACCGGCCUUGAGAGCCAACCCCACGAGCCGUCGUCCACAAGUACUUUUUCCUGCUGUCAAGUCAUGUAACGUGACGGCUAGCCUCUGAAAACGCUGCUGAGCUGGUAUUUCUGGCCAAUAGACCAUAAGAGGCAAGUCACCCUCGCGACACGAUACGACGCCUCCCCUUUUGGCGACCCUGACCAACUCCUUAAUAGCAUUUUGAGGCUCGUCCAUGUGGAUAAGCAUCUGAGAUGUGUGUACUACAUCGAAGAAUUCAUCGGGGAAAGGAAGAUGGUAGGCAUCGGCUUGUUCAAAGGUGACAUUUGUGAUGCCAGCUUCACGCGCAAGCUCUUCUGCCCGCUUCAUGAUGUCAUCGGACAAGUCUGUUGCAAUAACAGUUCCCUCAGGGAUAUAUUUUGCAAGCGAUGUGGCAAUUGUGCCGGACCCUGAGCCGACGUCAAGCAGCGUCAGUUUGGGAUUCUUCUCUGCACGCUCCCUCAGUACAGGAAUCAGCUGCUCGGCACUGUUCUCUGCCGUGCGCCAUUCGUGAUGGCGGACUUGAUUAGGCUGAUACCCAAUCUGGUAUGCGCGCUGUUGUUCUGCCAUGAUUGAGUUUUUUACUUGUGAUGAUACUUGGGUUGAGUUCACGACAAAUAGAGUUUACAGGUACAGCGUCUUCUAUAUACCGAUCGCUGCCUUGUUCGUGGUGGAGAUUUUUUGGUGGCGACCGCCGUCAAUGAUGGCGCAAAGUCUUCAAGAAUUGUUUAUUGAUGUAGUUGUUUCACGAAAUGGGAGAGAAUUCUCGCAAGAUUUUGUCAGUUAAAAAUAGAAGCCCUAUAGAAAGAAGGAACAAGACCUGUGGAUUUUCAAGGCAAGUAGCCCUACCAAGCUUGUCUAUGGGCAACUACAUCUAUUCUUGGCGACCACCAGCCCGUCCUGGUGCUAUGCAAGCUAUUUCCUAGCUCUCCUGGGAAUCUUUCUAAUUGUAUAAUUUUUUGGAAUAUUUUCAAAUAAUUUUACCUCGUCUUUGCGCCGCCUCAUCUGAGCCAACUAGAGAUCGACGCCAAGGGUGUAAGACGCUCGGCACUCGGUGCUCGGGUAGGGGUCGGUUACAGCCAACAGCUAUCCCAAUGUGGUAAUUAUAAUCGAGAGACGCCAUUACAAUAUAAAUGAGGCUUAGUUUGGUGUAAGUGAAUAGAUUCAGCUCUAAUGCAGACUGACCAUACAGCAGUCACGGCUCAUCGCUGAUGGGAAUCAUUCCCCGUUGCGAUACUCAACCACCACCCCCACGGAGAGGAACCAAUCGUAAAGGUUGUCUUUUCAUAAGACGGGCAUAUUGCGUCCGACGCAAGUUUAUGAGGCACCGACUCUUUUUGAGCUGAAUCACGGAGGCUAUCCGCCCAGUUGCGACAGCCGCAGCCUUGUUCUCAAGCCGUGCACAGCCCUUCCAAUACAGAAUCGGCAAGAUCGUCUUGUUUAGGUUACAUCUGCCGGUUCGCCUUAUGUAAAUGCCAACUUGGAUGCCACACCUACAUUACCAAUCGGGCGUCGUGUUCCAUGUUUAUUUAUACGGUUAAUACGAUUAGUAGGCAUCUAAAAUCAAGUAAACAUAUAAAUAAAGACGAUCAAGCCCGCAG